AUGUUCGGCUCAUCUAUAUUUAUCACUCUGAUUUGCGGUUUGCUAUCAACAGCGAAUGCUACUCACAUUCUGGUUAUCGCUCCACCGUUUUUAAGCCAUAUGAUUCCUUCGUUAGAACUGGCAAAACAGUUAUCAUCUUAUUGUCAUGUUACGUAUCUUACAUCAAUAAAUUCGAUUAGUGAACUUGAACGCAAAGAAUUCAUUUCGCAUUUGAACAGCAGCAAAACACUUGAUAUUGUCGGCUUAGUCGAUGGCAACAAUCAUCUUCCGGGCUUAAUGAUCGAAGAAUCUCAAAUUAAUUCGAAUAACACUGCACAAAUCGCUUUUGACGAUCAUCAAAGAAUAUUAUUUAAUGAGGUUUUAGUUCGGAUGGGCCAAGCAUUGCAUCAUCUAUUUCAAACAGAUCUUCAAUCAUCUGUUCGUUUACCAAUUGAUAUGAUUAUCGCUCGUUCAUUUGUACCAUUGUCGUUCUUGAAUACAUCCAUACCGAUUCAUUUAUUUCUGCCCAGUAAUCUUCGCGGUGUAGUUAGUUACAUGCGCAGGCAGCAUACGGAUAAAACUGGCCAAUUUAAAGAAGCUUACGAUUACAUACGAGAAAAUAUUCAUCAAGCAAAUGGUUUUCUUUGUAAUUCUUUAAAAGAGUUCGAUGGCGAAUACGUUGACGAAUUUUAUCAAUCAUCGGGAACCUUAGCACCUAUUCGUUUCAUUGGUCCGCUAGUUUUUGAUAAUAAACAAGCAACGAUGACGUCGCAAACGCGAAAUAUCAUUGAUUGGCUUGAUAAACAGUCAACUGGUUCUGUUAUUUAUAUCGCUUUCGGUUCAAUUGCGAAUUUACCGGCAAAUGCUAUUGAUAGUGUUGCUUGUGCACUGAAACAUCAUGCAUUUAUUUGGUCGUUAAAAACGAAAUCAGCGCUUCCGCCAUCAUUACAUAACCUUGAUUCUGUUCAUCAACUUAUUGUUGAUUGGGCGCCGCAGCGCGCGAUAUUAUCGCAUAGUUCCGUGGCAUUUUUCUUCUCACAUGGCGGAUGGAAUUCUCUUUUAGAAAGCAUGCUAUAUGGAAAAGCACUGCUGGUAUGGCCUUUCUUUGCUGAUCAAUUUGAUAAUGCACUGCAAGUCGUCGAUAUGGGUGUCGGUCGUCAAGUUUCGUACAAUCUUACAGAUGAUAUUCAACAUAUGUUACUUAAUGGUAGUUAUGCGAAAAGAGCAAAGGAUGUUCAGCAAUUGGCCAUUGACGCUCGAGAAAAUACAUCGAAGAAACAGAUCCUUGAUAUCGUUCGACUUAUUUCGAAGAAUCAACAGGAACACAAUGAACUUUAA